CCUAGAUUUAAUCUUAUAAAUGAAGAAAAUUAAUGUUAUAUUCUGACACUAUUUACUGACGACCUAGCCGAAGACAGGAUCAUUGACGCUAUAAGUUGCAAUCGAAACGCUGCCUAGCACUUGCGCGCCUCUACAGAGAGCGAUAGCUUUUGUAACGUUGGCUAAUACAAAUUGAUAAUUUGAUGUCUUAAAACGAGUUGAAGCUUCGUGCCUUAUCAAAUCCCAAAAGGGAUAUUCGCCAUUUUAAAGGUCAAGCCAUGAAGGACCAGCUAAUAGAUUUGGAACCGGUCAAGACGAUGCGAAGAUGGUCUACUUCAAACCAGAGUCGACGCACUUCUGGCGCUCAUGACGACUUCGAAAUACCAUUCUCCAGUGUGCAAGAGGAAGGAACUCCUUUCCCGACGACCAAGGCGAAAGGUGGCUGGCGUCGGGUGCUUGAGCAGCGACUGCCUAUAAUCUCAUGGGCGCCGCGGUACAACCGGCUGACGGCUAUUGCUGACCUGGUGGCUGGCAUCACGCUUGGACUGACGCUGGUGCCUCAGAGCAUAGCGUAUGCUGCGCUGGCGGGGCUGCCUGUGCACUAUGGACUCUAUUCUUCGUUUAUGGGUACCCUCCUAUACAUGUUCUUCGGGACCGUAAAGGAAGUGAGCAUCGGGCCGACGAGUCUCAUGGCGCUGUUCGUGCUACAGACUUGCCAUGGUCUGCCGAUCCAGUACGUGGUGCUGCUCGCCUUCCUGUCUGGGUGUGUGGUCAUGCUGAUGGGACUGCUGCGGCUUGGGUUCCUAGUGGAUCUAAUUUCGCCGUCAGUGACCAGCGGCUUCACCUCAGGCACGGCUGUCAUCAUCGUCGUGACCCAAAUCAAGGGGCUACUUGGUAUCAGCUUUACCGCGGAGUCCAUUCCUGAGAACUUGGCCAAUAUUGUGCAGAAGUGGGGACAGGUGCAAGUGCCUGAUGUGCUGCUGAGUAUUGUUUGCUGCACUGUGCUGCUGUUGCUUAGGAAGCUAAAAGACAUUGACGUAGGUCCCAAGCGCCCUGUGCUGAAACGAGCUCUGUGGGUGAUCUCAAUCAGCCGCAACGCUUUAGUUGUGACAUGCGCUGCCUUCUUCGCGUACCACGCCUGCGACCAUGAGAAGCCGUUCAUCAAGCUUUCUGGCAAAGUAGAACCAGGCCUGCCGCCCCUCUCGCUGCCGCCUUUCAGCGUACCCCAUGGCAACGGCACUACAGGCUUCGUCGAGAUGGUGCAAGAGCUUGGAUCAGCGGUCAUCAUGCUGCCAAUCGUCAUGGUGCUAGCCAAUAUUGCUAUCGCUAAGGCCUUCUCAUCGGGCGGCCGCGUAGAUGCGACGCAAGAAAUGUUGACCCUGGGCAUAUGCAAUAUGGCAGGGGCAUUCUUUCACUCCAUGCCCACUGCCGGGGCCUUCACGCGGUCAGCUGUCUCGCACUCCAGUGGCGUUCAGACUCCAGCUGCCGGUUUAUAUUCAGCCGUUAUCGUGCUAAUGGCGCUGCGAUUCAUGACAUACUACUUCAAGUUCAUUCCAAAAGCUUGUCUCUCGUCGGUACUCAUUUGCGCCGUAAUUUUCAUGAUUGACUACAACACAGUAUUGCGUCUAUGGCGCACCUGUCGCGCCGAGCUGGCGGUGUUGAUGCUGACGUUUGUGGUGUGCCUUGUGGACAGCGUGGAGCGCGCUGUACUGGUUGGCGUGCUGGCUGCCACCGCCGUCUUGUUGCGUGGGGUGAUGCGGCCCGCGAUCCACCGACACACUGUGCAGGUCGGUGGCAUAGAAGCAACGCGCGUGCGGCCGACGCUGGCGCUAAUAUUCCUGAACGUGGAACACGUCACAGCACGCGUGACUGCUGCUGCGCGGAUGCGGCCUAACGCACCGCUGUUGCUGGACUGUAGCGCGCUGUCGCUCAUCGACGACGCCUCACGACAGGCGUUGGAGCGUCUAGUCAAAAAGUUCAAGAGCGUUGACCAAAAACUGAUCGCAUACAACGCGUCACCUGAAGUGCUAAAGAAUCUCCAACGGGUUGAAGGCUUAGAUCAACGCCCAUUGAGUGCCACCACUGCAAUGGAGGCGCUCACAGCUGUUUCCGAAACAAACGAGCACAUUGUCGAAACUACUGCGCUGCUGAAAAAGUAGCGAAUUACUUAAUUAUUAGAUAUUUAUUAAAGAAAGGUGCAUUCCCAAAAGGGUUGUGAUAGUCAUUAAGUUUUUUUAAUAUAAUGUACAAUAAAACAAAACAGUAGAAAUCGAAAUGAGAGGCCGAAAUGGUCUCCACUCAGCAAUGCAGCCGACACGACAGGCGUGUCAACGGUGCUGGUUUUCUGCGGAGCCAGCGAGGUGUGCGGGACAGCAUACUAGUUGUGGACAUCGUGAUUAAAUAGUGCCAAUUAAAUACGUUAAAUUUAUAUUAUAUAUACACACAUACAUAUCUAAAUAUAUGUGACACGAUUCGAAUUUUAGAAAGAUUUUUUGUGAAGUAUGCUGUGAUUUUUUAGACUUUAUUAGGUACCUAAUUAUUUACAAAUCUCAGUAUUAUACAACUGAGUAUGAUUGGUAUGAUAAUAAGUUAGUUAGUUAGAAUGUAAAGUCGUAAGAGGCAUGUCAAAAACGGAAUUAACUGCAAAUAUGUUACAUUUUUAACCCCCGACGCAAAAAGAGAGAUGUUAUGACUUUAACCGUUAAGUGUGUCUCUCUGUGACACUGUAUUAGCUUCUAAAUGGGUAAACCGAUUUGGUUGUGUUUUUUUUAUUUUAAAGAGGGUUUUUAG